AUGAGUGUCACAUUUGAAAAGACGUUUCGAAGAGAUGCUUUGAUCGAGAUAGAAAAAAAGUAUCAAAAGCAAUGGGAAGAAGACAAAGUGUUUGAAGUUAAUGCCCCAACCUUUGAGGAAUGUCCAACGGAAAACGUUGAUGAAGUUAGAGAAAAGUACCCCAAAUAUUUUGCUACUAUGGCCUACCCAUAUAUGAACGGUGUUUUACACGCAGGACAUGCAUUCACUUUAUCCAAAGUUGAAUUUGCAACUGGUUUUGAGAGAAUGAAUGGUAAAAGAGCGUUAUUCCCUUUGGGAUUUCAUUGCACUGGUAUGCCCAUUAAGGCUGCGGCGGAUAAAAUCAAAAGAGAGGUUGAACUCUUUGGAGCUGACUUUGCUGGAGCACCAGCAGGGGACGAAAGCGUUGAGCAAAAAGUGGAGGCAAAAGCCAAGAGAGAAGAUGUGACAAAAUUCAGUUCAAACAAAUCCAAGGCAGCAGCAAAAACAGGUAGAGCUAAAUUCCAAUUCGAAAUUAUGUUACAAUUGGGAAUUCCAAAGGAAGAGGUUGCAAAGUUUGCCAACACUGACUACUGGCUCGAGUUUUUUCCACCUUUAUGUCAAAAAGAUGUAUCAGCGUUUGGUUCCCGGGUUGAUUGGAGGCGUUCAAUGGUCACCACCGAUGCCAACCCAUACUAUGAUGCAUUUGUCAGGUGGCAAAUUAAUAGAUUAAGGGAUUGUGGUAAGAUUAAGUUUGGAGAAAGAUACACCAUUUAUUCCGAGAAAGACGGCCAAGCUUGUUUGGAUCAUGACAGACAAUCAGGUGAGGGUGUGACGCCACAGGAAUAUGUCGGUAUAAAAAUUAGAGUAGACGAAUUUGCUCCUGCAGCCGAGGAGACCCUAAAGAAAGAGAAUGUCGAGUUGAAAAAUAAAAAAGUAUACCUCGUUGCUGCCACAUUGAGACCAGAGACCAUGUACGGACAGACAACUUGUUUUGUGAGCCCAAAGAUUGACUAUGGUAUUUUUGAUGCUGGAAACAAUGAGUAUUUCAUCACAACUGAGCGUGCUUUCAAGAAUAUGUCUUUCCAAAAUUUGACACCAAAAAGAGGUUUUUAUAAACCUAUUGCAACCAUCAAUGGUAAGGUAUUGAUUGGUUCAAAGAUUGAUGCUCCUUUGGCACAAACUAAAAAUUUGAGAGUUUUGCCUAUGGAGACAGUUAAAGCCACAAAGGGUACUGGUGUCGUCACCUGUGUGCCAUCAGACUCGCCUGACGAUUACAUCACCACAAAGGAUCUUGCAAACAAACCUGAAUAUUAUGGAAUUGCAAAAGAAUGGGUUAACACCGAUAUCAUCCCAAUCGUGCAUACUGAAAAGUAUGGUGACAAGUGUGCUGAAUUCUUGGUCAAUGAACUUAAAAUCAAGUCACCAAAAGAUGCCUUGCAAUUGGCCGAAGCAAAGGAAUUGGCUUAUAAAGAAGGAUUUUACAAUGGUACCAUGAUGGUUGGUAAAUAUAAAGGCGAGAAAGUUGAGGCUGCUAAACCAAAAGUCAAGGCCGAUUUGAUUGCCUCUGGCGACGCAUUUGUUUAUAGUGAGCCUGAAAACCAAGUCAUCUCAAGAUCUGGCGAUGACUGUUGUGUUUCUUUGGAGGACCAAUGGUUCAUCGACUACGGUGAGGAGGUGUGGUUAGGCCAAGCAUUGGAGUGUCUUAAAGAUAUGGAAUUAUUUUCGAGCGAAACAAGAAAUGGAUUCGAAGGUGUAUUUGCUUGGAUGAAGAACUGGGCAGUUACUAGAAAAUUCGGUUUGGGAACGAAAUUGCCAUGGGACCAUCAAUAUUUGGUUGAGUCUUUAUCAGACUCGACUGUGUAUAUGGCAUACUACACUAUUGAUCGUUUCUUGCAUUCCGACUAUUAUGGUAAAGUUCCAGGAAAGUUCAACAUUAAGCCGGAGCAAUUAACUGAUGAAGUUUUUGAUUUUAUCUUCACUCGUCGAGAUGACGUUGAAUCUGAAAUUCCACUCGACCAGUUGAAAGAAAUGAGAAGAGAGUUUGAAUACUUUUACCCCUUGGAUGUGCGAGUUUCAGGUAAGGAUUUGAUUCCAAACCAUUUAACAUUCUUUAUCUACACACAUGUUGCUUUAUUCCCAAAGAAGCUUUGGCCAAAAGGUGUCAGAGCAAACGGUCACUUGUUAUUGAACAAUGCCAAGAUGUCCAAAUCCACUGGUAACUUCAUGACUUUGGAGCAGAUUGUGCAGAAGUUUGGAGCUGAUGCAUCCAGAAUUGCGAUGGCCGAUGCAGGUGACUCUGUAGAAGAUGCUAACUUUGAUGAGGCUAACGCAAAUGCUGCUAUCUUGAGAUUGACUACUUUGAAAGACUGGUGUGAGGAUGAAUUGAAAAAACAAGAUGAAUUGAGAACAGGGAAAUACGACUCUUUUUUUGACGAAGCAUUUGAAAACGAAAUGAAUGAAUUGAUUGAAAAAUCGUAUUACCAAUACACUUUGAGCAACUACAAGCAAGCUUUAAAGUUUGGUUUGUUUGAUUUCCAGAUUGCUAGAGAUUUCUACAGAGAGUCUGUCAAUUCUGCUUCCAUCGGAAUGCACAAAGAUCUUGUUUUGAAAUACAUUGAGUACCAAGCGUUAUUAUUGGCCCCUAUCGCACCUCAUUUUGCUGAAUAUCUCUACAAAGAGGUGUUAGCAAAGGAGGGAAGUGUUCAAACUGCUCAGUUCCCAAAGCCUUCAAAACCUGUGUCGAAGUCGGUUUCAGAAUCCUUAGAGUAUGUUAGACAUGUUGCACGUGCAAUUCGUGAAGCUGAAGGUUCUGGUUUGAGGAAGAAGAAAGGUAAGGCUGAUUUGGAAACGGGAGACUCUGUUAAGUUGACCAUUUUGGUGUCUAACACAUUUCCCGACUGGCAAGAAAACUAUAUUGAGUUUGUACGUGAAUUAUUUGAGGCACAAAAGCUUUCUGAUAACAAUUUGGUUAAAGAAAAGGUUGGUAAGGAUAUGAAGAGAGCUAUGCCUUUCAUUAAUCAGUUGAAAAUCAGACUCAAUACUGAAGAUCCAAAGAUUGUAUUCAAUCGUAAAUUGAAUUUCAACGAGGUUGAUACUUUGAGAAAGGUUGUUAAUCUCAUCAAGAACUCCCCUUACUCAAUCAAGGUUGAGGAGUUGCAAAUCAUUGCAUUUGACAACGGAAGUGAAAAGGGAAAGGAUGUUUUAACUGGUGAAGAUGUAGUUGUUGAAAUAAAGGGUAAAGUAAAGGACGCUGCAGUUCCAGGCUUCCCCGGUAUCUCCCUCAAGAAGGUCGAGUCUUGA